UUUGAAGACGUACCAUGAAUGUAUGAAAUCGCGCAAAUUUUUCUUCGAAUUUCGUGAACCCGCGGCUGAUACAUCCGAAAUUGCCACGUCCGCCAUUGGCUUUAUUUCGAUUCAAGAAAUUUAUUUAACAGAAAAAAGAUUCACUUCAAUAAUCGGAGAUUUAAAUAACAAACUUUACACAAUCCGCGGUUAUUUAAAAAACAAGGCUUUAUGCCAAUCAUCGGUUUAUCUGUUAUUAAGAAAACAGACUUUGUGCUGAAAUUUUUCGAUUGAAAAGUUCGCUAUCUAUGGAGAUCUGAGCAGCCAACGCUGAUUUACGCCAACAUUUACGCUGAUUGUUGCGACAUGCGCGCCAAACUCCACGAAGUUCUCAAGAAGCUGUCACGUAUCCUGCACCGAUAUUCUCCUGUGAUGCCAUGCAGCGAAUCGCCCCAGCCAGACCGGAAAUUCCGAGUUCCAAGUUUAGCGGAUAUCCCAAAAAUGUCCGCGGACGACGUCGGGGCCACAAACAUGGCUUCGAACCUGAGCAAGCAGGAGCUACUGAGGCAGAACGAAAUAUCAGCGCCCUACGAAACACCGCAGUUCCCCAUCGAACAGAUCGAGGACAAACUGCAGCUGCAGAGGAGGUUUAAUAAGGGACCGUUCCCCCGGUUCGACGCCGUAGAUUCAUCACAGGAAGGCCCAGAAGCCCCGGCCUCCCCAUCCUUCGAGGACGACGAGCUCACCCCGCACUACCAGCGCCUCUACGUCACUGGCGAGGAAACUAAUAACGUCCCCAUCGAGGAUAUAUCGAAGUCCUCGAAGCUGCUGGUGGAGGCCCUGAGUCUGAGGGAACGCUACAUGGUGUGGUCACAGCAGACGUUCCCCUCGACCGCCCAGCGGUUCCUGAGGGAGGCUGGGGUCGCCGACCCUCGGCAUGAGAACUACCCUACCCUCGGCGACCACCAUGACACCGAGAGCAAGAGUAUUGAAGAUCUAGACGACUACUACGAGCGCCUUGUUCGUUGGGGGUCUGAAUCCCCCCCGCCCUUCGAGGGGGGAAACCACCACCCAGUCCACCCCCCUCGGCGAGACAACCCCUGGAGUGUACCUACCCCCGGCGACUGUGGUUACAAACUGAAAUUCGUCGAUGGAGUCUUUCAGGUAUACGAGGACCAAGCCAGCCUUGACUCAGACUCACCCCUGCCUUACUCAUACCCCAACUUGUCUCGCUACAUCACGGACCUUAACCUGAUGUGUGCCCUCAUCGCCAACGGUCCCGUGAAGAGUUUCUGCUACAGGAGACUGCAGUAUCUCCUCUCCAAGUACCAACUCCACGUACUGCUUAAUGAGAUGCGCGAACUGGCGGCGCAAAAAGCUGUACCACACAGGGACUUCUACAAUAUACGAAAGGUGGAUACGCACAUCCACGCGGCGUCUUGCAUGAACCAGAAGCAUCUGUUGCGCUUCAUCAAGAAGGCCAUGAAACUGCACCCUGACGAGGUUGUGUGUCAGGGCUCAGACGGCAAGGAGAUGACACUUGCUCAAGUGUUCGCCUCCAUGAACCUCACCGCGUACGACCUCUCCGUGGACAUGCUGGACAUGCACGCUGACCGCAACACCUUCCACAGGUGA